GAACGUCCCAAGAUUCCUUGACUAGAACACGGAAGUAGGAUUGGAAACGAGUUGUUAUUGUUCCUUGUGUGCAGUAAAGAAAGACAUACUUACGAAACUAAAUAGGAUACCCAUCUCUAAUUUUAUUCAAAUGUCUAAACUACAGAUGUUGUGUGUGUUUUUAAAUGAUCGUUUAUCGGCGGCUGCUGUGGAUAUUUUCGGUGCAGUUGAGAAAACGGUAGUGGAGUACCAGGAGGAGAAUGAUCGGCUACGGAGACUGCUGCGGAGGACACCAGAGAUACAACUAUGUAGAAGAGAACCCGUGCAGCUCUCUGAAGAGGAGGUUCCCCCUGAGCAGCAGCACUGUGAGCAGGAGUGGAGCCCCAGUCUGGGACAUAAGACCCCAGAGACCAAACAGAUUAAAGAGGAACAGGAGGAAGUCAGGACCAGUCAGGAGGAAGAGCAGCUUCAAGGGGUGGAGCCUAAUAUCAUAGAGUUCAUAUAUACUCCUCCUUGUGUGAAAAGUGAAUGUGAUCAGGAGAACCCACGUCAAGAUCCCAUACUUGCUGAACACCCAACUCUCCUGAAAAUGUCUAAACUACAGUCGUUUCAAGAGUUUUUAAAUGAGCGUUUAACGGCGUUUGCUGCUGUGGAGAUUUCCGGGGCAUUUGCGAAAGCAGUAGCGGAGUACCAGGAAGAGAAUGAUCUGCUACGGAGACUGCUGCGGAUCACACCAGAGAUACAACUAUGUAGAAUAGAACCCGUGCAGCUCUCUGUCUCUGAAGAGGGGGUUCCCCCUGAGCAACAGCACUGUGAGCAGGAGUGGAGUCCCAGUCUGGGGCAGAAGGACCCAGAGACCAAACAGAUUAAAGAGGAACAGGAGGAAGUCAGGACCAGUCAGGAGGAAGAGCAGCUUCAAGGGGUGGAGCCUGAUAUCAUAGAGUUCAUAUUUACUCCUCCUUGUGUGAAAAGUGAAUGUGAUCAGGAGAACCCACGUCAAGAUCCCAUACUUGCUGAACACCCAACUCUCCUGAAAAUGUCUAAACUACAGUCGUUUCAAGAGUUUUUAAAUGAGCGUUUAACGGCUUUUGCUGCUGUGGAGAUUUCUGGGGCAUUUGCUAAAAUGAUAGUGGAGUACCAAGAGGAGAAUGAUCGGCUACGGAGACUGCUGCGGAUCACACCAGAGAUACCGCUAUGUAGAAUAGACUCCCUGCAGAUCUCUGUCUCUGAAGAGGAGGUUCCCCCUGAGCAGCAGCACUGUGAGCAGGAGUGGAGCCCCAGUCUGGAGCAGGAGGACUCAGAGACCAAACAGAUUAAAGAGGAACAGGAGGAAGUCAGGACCAGUCAGGAGGAAGAGCAGCUUCAAGGGGCGGAGCCUGAUAUCAUAGGGUUCAUUUUCUCUCCUUCCUGUGUGAAAAAUGAAUGUGAUCAGGAGGACCAAACCCAGACUGUGGAGAACAGAGAGAGAGACUCUAAACCAGUGGAUCUCAAACCUUCUGGCACUGUGACCCACCUAAAGGGUCUCUACAUUCCCUGUGACCCUACAGAUCAAAACAAUGCCUCCAGCCACAGCUUAGCUGUAAGCAGAUUAAACGCAGUAGGAUUUGACAACAGUCCACUAUUGGAUCCCAGCCCAACAUUGGGGGAACACUGUUCCAAACUCAGCACCAUGCCUAGAAAAACUCACAGCUGCCGUGACUGUGGUGAAACAUUUGCUCUGAAAGCUGAUCUGCAGAGACAUGUGACUCUCACCAAGAAGAGACCCAGUGAAUGUAGAUUCUGCAAGAAACGCUACAACUCCACCUGUAAACUGAAGGCCCAUGUCCGACUCUGUCACAGUGGUAAACCCUGUGUCUGCCCUGUUUGUGGAAAGAUCUUCAAACAAAAAGGACAUCUGUCCAGACACAUGAGGAUUCACACAGGAGAGAAACCAUUCAGUUGUGGUGACUGUGGGAAAAGCUUCCGUCUGAAGGGGCAUCUAACCAGGCACAAACUCAUUCACACAGGGGAAAAUCCAUUUAGCUGUGGUGAUUGCGGGAAAAGAUUCAGUCUCAAGCAGCAUCUAACCAGGCACAAACUGAUUCACACAGGAGAGAAACCUUUUAGCUGUGGCGACUGCGGGAAAAGCUUCAAUCUCAAGAAGACACUAACUGAACAUAUACGGACUCACACAGGAGAGAAACCUUUUAGCUGUGGCGACUGUGGGAAAAGCUUUAGUGUCAAGAAGACACUAAUUGAACAUAUACGGACUCACACAGGAGAGAAACCAUAUAGCUGUGGUGACUGUGGGAAAAGCUUCAGUGUCAAUAGGAACCUAACUAAGCACAAACUGACUCACACAGGAGAGAAACAACAUGGCUGCUCAGUCUGUGGUAAAAGAUUCAUUCAGAAGACUAAUCUGCUGAGGCAUGUCAAAAACAACCACAAAGAAUGAAAACAAGACAAAGGAACAAAGAAAGUAAAUGAGGACAUAGACACAGAGAGGGGACUAAGAGAGUAUUGAGAUACACCCAAGAUCCCCUGUGGACCAACUCUAACUAGUCCUCCUGAUCCUGCACAGUCCAAUGUCACAGUAAUGAUAUAAUGUGGCUGUUGUCUGAACCUAACAGGUAAUGUUGCUGCUCUUUGUGUAUGAAAUGGACAAUCUGCAGUUCAGACAACCACCCGUUUUUAGGUGAACAACUGAGGGAUGG